CUUCUUCCCUCUCAUUGUCUCUGCUCUCUUUUAUUGUUUGUAACUUGGGAGAGCAAGUACAAAAAUCUCCGUGUCCGUUCCCUCCUCUCACUCUCAUCUGUCAGUUUCUUUUUUUUUUUUUAUUUCCAGAUUUGCCGCCGCCGGAAACUAAGCGAACCCACCACAAUGAUAAACAAGCCGCUUCUAUUGACUUAUCUUUACCUCUUCAUCUACGUUUUGCUUUCUUCAGGAGUUAUAUUGUACAACAAGUGGGUUCUGUCUCCCAAAUACUUCAAUUUUCCAUUUCCUAUAACGUUGACAAUGAUUCACAUGGCAUUCUCUGGACUCAUUGCCUUUUUCCUUAUCCGUGUUUUCAAGAUUGUAGCUCCUGUCAAAAUGACAUUUGAAAUAUAUGCAACAUGUGUAAUACCUAUAAGUGCCUUCUUUGCGUCAAGUCUUUGGUUUGGUAACACUGCCUAUUUGCAUAUAUCUGUGGCUUUUAUCCAGAUGCUCAAAGCUCUAAUGCCAGUGGCUACAUUUUCUAUGGGUGUUAUGUGUGGCACUGACAAAGCAAGGUGCAAUGUGUUCUUAAACAUGGUGCUGGUCAGCAUUGGAGUUGUAAUUUCCUCAUAUGGGGAAAUUCAUUUUAAUAUGGUUGGCACAGUUUAUCAGGUUACGGGCAUCUUUGCAGAAGCUCUUAGGCUGGUCUUAACUCAAGUCCUCCUGCAAAAGAAGGGCUUGACUCUAAACCCGAUUACCAGCUUAUACUACAUUGCACCAUGCAGUUUUGUGUUUCUUUUUGUGCCCUGGUGUUUGCUGGAGAAGCCUGGGAUGGCAAUUUCACAGAUACAGUUCAAUUUCUGGAUCUUCUUCUCCAAUGCUCUUUCUGCUCUGGCUCUGAACUUGUCCACAUUCUUAGUAAUUGGAAGAACCGGUGCUGUCACCAUCAGGGUUGCUGGUGUUCUAAAAGACUGGAUACUGAUUGCCCUUUCCACCGUUGUUUUUCCAGAGUCUACCAUAACUGGGCUCAAUAUAAUCGGUUAUGCGAUCGCUCUCUGUGGUGUUGUCUUGUAUAAUUACAUAAAGAUAAAAGAUGGUCGUGCUUCUCAGCUACCUUCAGAUAGCAUUCCAGAGAGACUCACAAAGGAUUGGAGGUCGGAGAAGAAGUCAUCAGACAUAUUCACCCCCAAUAGCAGCAAUGAUAGCAGUGGAGGGAACUUCAACGGCUCUGAAUUGAAAGAUGAAGAAGCGCCUCUACUUUCAUCAAGACUAUCGCAUAUAGGGCGAUCACAACUAGGCAACCAUACUGCAUAAUUUAUAAGUGCUCUAGUGCACAUCAAUGAUGAUUGAUGGGGAGCCUUCUGUUUGGAGUUUACAAUGGGCCCUGCCCUCUAAGUUGAAGGCGGGAUAAUUCUUUUGGAAUGGAUUGAUCUUUCACACUUAUAUAGCAAAUAGCGAUUUUAUUGUAAAUACUUUGAUUUUGUAAUGCAUGCAAGGUCAUCGCUCACAGAUUGCGUAAAUGGUACUGGUACCGACUUUCCCGUAAUA